CAGAGAAAAUCCAAUAUGAGUUCUUCUCUUGAUCUUCUUCUAGUUCUUCUUCUUCUACUUCUCUUCCUUUUUGUAGCUCAAACUCAAGCUUUACUCAAACCCAAGAAUUCUAAUUUCUCAGCCAUUUACGUGUUUGGAGAUUCUACCGUCGACCCAGGAAAUAACAACCAUAUAGAUACCAUUUUCAGAAGCAAUUUCCCACCCUAUGGAAGGGAUUUUCCAAACCAGUUACCGACCGGAAGAUUCUCCGAUGGCCGGAUUCCUACCGAUUUCAUCGCUUCGUACUUGGGAAUCAAAGAUUAUGUGCCACCAUAUUUGGAUAAGUCACUUAGCUUGGAGGAUUUGAUGACCGGAGUUAGUUUCGCUUCUGCCGGUUCCGGUUAUGACCCACUUACAGCAACACUAAGUAAUGUAAUUCAGAUGCCUACGCAGCUGGAGUAUUUCAAAGAGUACAAAACAAAGAUAGCCAAUUCAAUUGGAACAAACAGGACCGAAGAUCAUAUCCAGAAUUCCAUUGUUGUUAUUAGCUGUGGAACCAAUGACUUUGUAGUGAAUUACUUUGCCUUACCAAUUCGACGUCAAAAGUACACCACUUCUGCAAGUUACCAGCAGUUCUUGUUGCAAAAUCUCCGGGAGAUGAUACAGGGGUUGUGGGACCUUGGGAUUCGAAGAUUCGCAGUGACUGGUCUUCCUCCAAUGGGUUGUUUGCCGGAGGUUAUCACCGCAGGUUAUGAAUUCUUACACUUCUUACACAGAGAUUGCGUGGCUACCUACUCAUUGGCAGCAAGAGAAUACAAUAAGCAGCUUCAAGAUGAGUUGGUGGACAUUCAAAACAGUAUGGCAUUUCACAGUGGUAUCUUUGUCUAUGGAGACAUAUACACUCCAUUGGCUGACAUGAUCCAAAACCCACAAAACUACGGUUUUGAAGAGACGAGCAGGGGAUGUUGUGGGUCAGGGCUGAUAGAAGCGUCCUUCACUUGCGGUCCCAACACUCUAGUCUGCCCUGAUGCCACUAAGUACGUGUUUUGGGAUGCUGUUCACCCAACUGAGAGAGCCUAUUACUUUGUCACAAACAGCCUCCACAGGAUCAUCGAUUCUUUCGUAAAACAUUUACCUUAG